GUCUACGGUUGACGCCUUGACGCUAGUUGAUGAAUUUUCAUAAAAAUUUUAUAACAUUUACUCAAAACUCGGUUUUAUUUACGUGAUCUUUUUUGGUCGAUUAUUAUGUUUUAAUUUAUACUUACAAAUGACUUACUUGACUGUUAAUUUUAGAUUUGUCAUUCGUGAUCGAGGCGAUUGCAUAGAUAUUAUGCGUCUUUUAUCGUUUUGCAUGUGCGUGAAAGAUAUGUCAUACUAUUAUUAAAGUACGUAGAUUUGUCGCUGUUUUGACAAUGUAAUACCGAAUGAGUGAGUACUUUAACUUUUGUAGUUAUUUCUAUUAUUCGUAAUGAAACUGAUGAAUAGUAACUGUAAUGAAAUGAACAAAAGUGUAGUGUCGGUUAGUUUUUGACAGCCGGCAGGCUCGUCAUAGGUGACUUACGAUUGGUUCCCAAUAAAAAUGAACAGUCGCAGUAGUGUAAAUGAAACGAAUUUGGUGAAUUUUUGCGGCUCAGCAGCGGAUCUAACGACCCUAAAUCAACUGGACGCGAAAGACGGUCUUUUAACUUUUCCAUUUGAUCACAUUUACGCAUGCCACUCUGAAAGCUCAGGGAGAAGAAAAACUCUUCAGCUUGAAAAAGAGGUAGAGAUUGCAACACAUUGUGUGAUUACUGAUGAAAAGGACUCAGUGGUUAAUAAAAAUAUAGAUGUCAAUCGUCUCACAGAGAGGGUAGCUGCUCUGGAGAAUCAAAACAAGAAGCUAAAGGAUCUUCUUAUUUACCAUCUUGACUUAAUACAGCAACAGAAUGAAUUAAUUAGUAAUAGGGAGAAGUUGCAACAAGCUUUAAAACAAGAAAACGAUACACUUAAAACUAAAUUGAAUAGAAGAUUGUUGAACCAGAAACAGAGUGUAAAAUCCUCACCGAUAUUGCACGGGUCACAGGCAAAUAUUUCAUCGACUAUCGUCAAGACAGAACCAGGUUCGAGUUCACAGAUAAUGUUAAAUAGUUUUCCCGAUCUUCUAUUGCCUGAUAAUAGAGCAAAUUCGUUCCUUUUUGAUGCUGAUGUUAAUAAAUCUAAAUCAUUUGGGCAGGAUACAUUCGCGGCUCCUAGGACAUCAGAACCAGAAGUAAAAAGUUACUUACCGAAUGACUUGGGUGUUUCGUCUAUUUCGGACAAUAAAGUAAAUUGUGACAAUUUUACGAUGAUCGAAAGUAAACGUUCGUUCGUAGACAAAGAAAUGAAGACAGAAAAUCGUUCGGAGCCUUUAUACACUGUCACGUCAAACAGGUAUGGUAAUCCUGUUAUCCAAAGGAUACAGAGGAAUAGAAGGCGGACAACCUCAGGUAUAGGUUGUUUAAGUCGGAUGUCAAAAAGUUCAGGAACAGGAACUAAGCUGGAAACGCCAGAAAGUAGUAAAAUGUUUGAUGAUGACAAGAGCUUUGAACGUUCCUUCAGUGUAAAUAAAAAGUCAAAAAUGAUCAAUACAUAUGGUAAAAAUAAAACUAAUAAUCCAAAAAAGACAACACAGUUCACCGGAUCGCUUUCAGACAGACUUCAAUUAAUAGACACCACUCCAACGGGUGAAGAUCCUUAUCAAAUAGGCGAAGCUGAAAUGAGAGAGCAAUCUCCCAUACCUAAGUUAAUGUUACAGAAGACAAAUCAUGGUAGGAUGAAAAUAUGUACAGAUACGAUUGGUGAGAGUACGACUACAUCUAGGCGUAUUUAUGAUUCUAAUAUAAAUGAUGGGAACAGUAAAGUAAUAAAUAAAAUGAAAGUCGAUAGAUAUAAUUUAUUGGACCCUUAUACGCACACAAAGGAUAAUUUAAAAAAAGAAUCAUCGAAGACUUUAAUUGUAGAAGAACCAGAUUUAGAUAUAGUAAAAACAGAGCCGGAAAUUGAUUGGCGUGUUUAUAAUCCAAAUAAAACAGGAACCGAAACGAGUCUAUGUGAUUUUUCAUAUGGCGAGAAUGCAGAUAAUUUAGCAUCCCAAAUUUUGCCAAAUUUUGAGCCUGUGGAACUACAAGAGCUCUUCGCGCCUGAAUUUCCUAUGCCUUUAGAUAAUUUAAAUUCCGUAGAAUAUGCCGCCAUGGAAAAAAGCGCGGCCAGUAAGUCUAAGAAACGUGCUCACUCGUCCAAUUUAAUAGCUUCUAAUAAUACGGGUGAUGAAUGUUUAGAAAAUAAACGUACUAACGACAGCAAACGCGGCAGGAAAAGAACACUUUUAACUGCAGGUCUCGCAAAGUCCAUUAAACGUGAAAAUAGCCAAAAAGGAAUCGCUUCUAAACCAAAGUUAGUUAAGGGAAAAGCUGCAUGUCGCGGUAAGAAAUCUCCGUUACCUGGAAUGGUGACUAAUAAGGCUUACCAUACAUUAGUAGGUGAUCCUGAUCUGUCAUGGUACUACAGACUUGAUCCACACAUCAAAUACGAAGACAUAGAAACACCUUCGGACAGCAAAGUUUCUACAGUUGAGGUUCCACGGUGGCGGGAAAAACCUUACACUAGUUGUUAUACACUUGAGGGGACUGAAAAUUUAGAUGACAAAGUCUUUGAAAAACGACAUCAAAAAUUAGAAGCUGAAGAAAGGCGACAGCUAAGGUGGCACAUGCGACGAAUUCGCGAGCAAAAACACGUGGAGCGGCUUCGACAGAGGCAAAGGGAUUCAUGGUGUAGCGGGGGCGCUUCACCUGCACACCAACAGCCUUCAGUGUUCACAGUUUGGCCGCAGCCACAGCGCGACGUGCGGUUUAUAGAAAUCACUGACACACUACCUGUAAUGGCCUUUGGGGAAGCUAUACCAGCGCUCCCCGAAUCGGAUUUCAUGUUACCAUGGGUGAGGACUUCUAAAGCUUUGAAGAGGUCUAAAAGAUCAAAAACACUACAUUGAGAUGCAAAUAUUUAAGUGAGUCAAAGAUCAAAAUUGUUCAAAACGUUUAUGGGCAUAUACUAAAGUGCAUAUAGUGACAUAUUUUAAAAGUCUUAUUAGACAUGAACGAUUUUUAAAUGAACAUAGAGACUAGUAUAUACAAGCAUGUGUCUAUGAUUGUGGAUCAGUUGAAGCGUGAAUAUUAACAUCAGCAUCUCAAUGCUUAGUGUGAGCUGGAACCUGUGAGAAUAACUAUGUGACUUGAUUUAUGCUAAAAUAUUGGACUUAUAUUAUUCCGGUGAACGAAGACGUUUAUUGCAUCUAUGUGUGCUCUCUAAAUUUUUUGUUUGUCUGUUUACUGUAAAUAUGCUUUUAUUUUCAAUAAUGAAAUGUCAUAAACAUUUUUGGAGAAUGGACUGAAAAUUGUAAAUAUUGAAAGUAUGACUAGGAAAUUAUUACUGUAGGUCUAUAAAUUGUAUAAAUAUUUGUUGUUUUAUGUAUUCAUUUUAGAAUGUUAGGGAAAGUAUGAAUGUCCGCGGGCCAGAUAUUGUAAUCAUGUAAUCCUAUGUUCCAAAUCAACACGUAGGGCUGAAUUUUCUAGUAUAUUGCCGAUAUUAUUAUGUAACUUACAGAAAUUAAUAAAGUUUUUUAAUUACUCAAUGACAUGUAAGCAUAUGUAAGAUAAAAGCAAAAUAGGUCCUAAUAUUUUUAUUAAAAUAUACUUUCUAAUAUCGGCACCAAAGAAUCUACUUAUAUCAUAAAAAUGCUUUUGGGUAAUUUUUAAUGUUUAAAUUUGCACAUAAUGAAAUAAAUUAAAUUUGCGGUGCUGUUGUGAAAAACUGACGCUUAAGCGUUAACGCUUUAUUAAGAUGAUCGAUAUAAAGUUUUCGUGAAUUUGACUAUUUUUAUUCAUAAUAUAUUUCGCGGUCCUGAACUUCAUUUUCUCAUGAACUGUUAACAAUACCACAAAUUGUUUCUGUAGUUCCUACAGUUCAACGAACAGUUCUAAAAGACUAAGAUAUUUUAUCCGGUGAAUAUUUUAGGCAAAUCUUUUAAUAUAGUAAAGUUAAAAACUUAAAAAAAUCACUUUACUACUUAAUGAUUAUACAUGAAAUGAAAUUUAUUUAUUUGUUAUAAAGGAUGUUUGGACAUGGAAAAGUUUGACAUAAACAUUGAUUAAAUAUCUCCAGUAUAGACAUUUUCUACUUAUUAAUUUUCAGUGAAUUUUUGUUUUAAUGUAUCAUGAAAUGACAUAGUAUUUAUUUUUAAAAAAUGUUUUCGUUAUUUGUUUGACAUUGUCACGCUAUACGUACAAAAAUUAUUGAUUGAAAAAAUGAAAUUGUUCAAAAAAUGGAAUUCAGAAUGAAAAACAAAAAAAUAUUAGUAGACUUUAAGUACUGAGCUAUGGAGAGCGUGUUUUCUGGUCAAAUGACAUCAGAUAACGAACGUAACAAUAUUUGUAGUAGUUAUUCUAUAUUUUACUUGUGUUUAUUUCUCAAUAACUAAAUCAAAACAAUAACUGCGAUUUCAUAGAAAAAAUUCCGUUAAUAAAAUUAUUAUGGUUUUAUGACCAGGAGUCCUCUAAUAACAAUAAGCUGUUUACGAUUGUUCUGUAGUUAUACAUGAUUGUUGCGGAGUUAUACAAAUAAUGAAACAUAUUAAAUUGUCUUUUUAAAAUGUAUUGUUUGUAUCUUAAACGAAAUGCAGGUGGUCAAAUAGUUUUGAGCGGUAAUGUACAUGCAAUAGUAUUGUUAUAAACACCAGUCUUUUCAUGGCAGCUUCUUGGGUGGACUGUGAAACACGUUAUGGAAUUCUUAUAACAUACUGCUAGUUUUAGUUGAUAGAUUCAGAGUAAAAUAAAAAAAAGAACAUUCAUACUAUAAUAUUGUUAAAGAUUGUUUUUCUAUCAGUUCACAUUUUAAUACAUACAAAAGUAAAAUGUAUAUGUAAAAUGAGUUUCUGUUUGACUGUAAUUAUAAUCCAGUUAUUUGGAAAGUUUAGAUUACAAGAUCAAAUCAUGUAUACCUCAUUUGUACAGUUUAGAAGUUGUGUGAAAUUAAUAUCAGUAUGAUGAAGUAAAGGCUAUAAAGUUGCCAUUCCAUGUAUCCCGACUACCGACCUAUGUACUGUACACACUUGUUGCAAUAAAUUUUCUGAUAAAUUUCAUAUUAGUGAUUUUAAGAAAAUGUACAUUAUUGAAAAUGAAUUGUCUGUGUACUUAGGCCCAAAAAAUAGAAUAUAAUGUUUUCUAAUAAUUUUAAUAAGGAUAAUUUUAUUUUUAUUAUGAAUGCAAAUGUAUAAAAGAACCUGUAAAUAUAAUGUAUAAUGAAAUCACUUGACAUUUGUGACCUUAUUUGUCGCUUGCUUUUUUUCAUGUAAGUUUAUUAUUAAAUGAUAAUUUUAUUUUGGAAAUUGUUUUAGAGUUGGUAUAAAGAAUAAUAAAAUAUGUUUUAGUAUUUACGAAAUGAAUUUAUUGUUUUGCAUUUUAAUUAAUUCAAAGGCCACAAGUAAUUUGAUAUUAAAGUUUUUUUUUUUUUAUAAUUGAAUUUUGUUGUGACAGAAAUAAAAACAAUCUCUCCUGGUUGAUAGUAUGAGGUACUACAAAUUAAUGUAUUAUUAAUAGUCUAGUGGGAACAUUCUAAAUAUACGGAAUGAAAAAUUUUAUUGUGAAUAACCAUAUUCAUUAUUCUGAUGUUCAGGUUUGCUACUUAAAAUUAAAUAUAUUCGAACGUAACUAGCAAGACCGUUUGUACGAUCAGGCUAAAUUUAACUUUACCGUGAUAGAUGAGCAAUGUUAGUAAAAAAUCUCAUGUGAAAAAGUAUAAUAUACCUAUGUUGAACUGCACGAAUUGAAUUGCUUCUGGUUGUUGAUAUAAAUACUAUUGAUAUGUAAAGAGAAACAAUUCGUAUAAGAAUUAAUAGUAUUUUGGGAUAUGUAAUGAUGAAUUAUCUUUAUAAGACUGAUUUCUUUUCUCGUUUGGUAAGUACAUGUACGUACAUGCUUUCAUAUUUUACAAGUUAACAUCCAUCUCGAAUAAAGUUGCAUGUGAUUUUGAAAUUACUAUGGGUGAUUACAAAGCAAUGAAUUUGGUGUGUACUACAUAAAAUUUGAGGAAAUACUUGUGGCUGUAGAGUAGAAAUAUGAUCUUAUCUUACUUUAAGUAUUACUUAUAUUGAUCAAGGUUGUUUGUUCAGGGGUGCAUUGAAAGUGGCCUCAACAUGCAAUAAUUAUAAGAUUUAAUACAAUCAUUUUAGCACUAAAGUGCUGUUAAAUAACAAGUUAUGUUUAGGAUAAUGUUUGUUAAAUGUUACUGAAUUGAAGUUUACUGCACUAUCCACUUGUCAUAAAAAUAUCAAGAUCUCAUUAAUUGUUAAUAUUGGAUUAUAAUAAUUAAAAAUAGUAGGAUUGAGUCCAUAUAUAAAUAAAAUAUGUUCUUUUGAAGUAUUAGAAGUAGAAGCAACAAAAGUGCUUUUUACAUCAAUAUAAUUAUAACACGCGAAAUAAACAGGAGAAUAUUGCAUAUCACUUAGGCAAAGCAUAGGUUACAAGCGACUCUGAAAUACAAUCCAUUUACAUGUACGGACCUUAGCUCUUCAGUCACCACAUACAUAGAUAACGAAAGAGAAUUAUUCAGUGUUUAAAAAUAGUUUAUUAUUUUUAUUUUUGUUUCAGAAAAUGUAAAUUAAUAUAGUGUAGUUACUAUAAUGUCGCAUUUAUUAAUAAACAAUCUCGAUAAAGGUAUGUUUUUGUGUACAAGAUUGUAGUGAGUAUGACACUAUUGAAGUAGUUUAAAUAUUUAUCUUCCUGUAACUAUAAGAACCUUAUUUCGAUUUAAUUACGAAUUCAUGUGAUACUUCAGACUAAGUUGUAUAAGUACAUUGAAAUAAAGGACCUUUUACUUUAGAAUUUAA